UACUCUGCACUUUGCUUUGGUAAACUUCAAAAAAGUGAGGUUAAUAUUUAUUUGGUAAUAAAUUACCUAACAAAUUGUAUAAAUACAAAUUAAAAAUGAUAUCUCACAAUUCAAUCCUAAGACGAACUUUACCAAUGUUAAUACAAUGUGCAGAAGCACAUAGAAAACCUCGAUGGCUGCCGGUGGCAAAAAGUAAAGUAUUUCGUAUACCAAAACGUCCAGUUAUCACUGAAGAAGAACGAGUAGAGCUUUUGAGAAUAAACAACAAUUAUAAGACACAGAUGCGGGCUAUAAAGCGUUUUUAUCAUGAGGAAAUGAUUAAAGAAAAGUCUACCCUUGAAAGUGCGAGUUCCGAGAUGUCACAACAACUCGAAGCCGAAGAAUGGGAGCGUUGUGUAAAGAUCAAUGAUACAUGGAACGCGCAAGUUGCUGCAGAACGAGAUGAAAGAAGGAAACUUGAAUUACAAGAGAUGGAGGAAUUUGCUCUAGCCAGGAUGGAGGCUAAAGACAAGGAGUUGAGAGAAAGAAUAGCAAAGGCAUCAGAAAAAAUUAGAGAGCAAAAGAAACUCAGUAGCACCUUUAUAACACCAGAAAACCUAGAGGAAGCAAUUGAUCGGGCAUUGGCAAACCCUGUUGACUACAAUUUUGCUAUUGACUUACAAGGACAGCAUUAUCUAGGCAGAGACACACCAAUACCAACUAAAGAGAAAAAAUCUGCAACUAACAACUGAAUACACUACUAUCUCUAGUUAAAUCUUAGUAAUAUAUAAUGGAACAUUUUGUUUUACUUAAUUCUGUGUAAUUUAAAAACUUUUAUUGUAAUUUCUACAAUCUAUAAAACUACAUUAGGGUUGCCCACGACUUUGCCAUUGCAAAUAAAAUGAUGUCCUAGAUGUUUUGGUGGUUAUAUGGAAAGAAUGUGGCAUUGUGGACUGACACAAUUUUUAACAA